AUGCCUUAUCAGUGUAUAUAUACGACGGCCAAUAGAGUAGUCUACAAGUACACGCUACACAGGAACGACACAGGAACACGCACGAUGGGCCCUUGUAAUAAGCCUGAAGAACCACCGGAUUUCCGCUCAACACUUUCUUCUACUUCUGGUGAUAGCUCCACAGACAAAUCCGAGAGACUGGUCCGAAAGGAUCGUGUAGAGGAUACUUCAACUUUGCGAGAUGCUGCAACAAUCUUCAACUUGCCCGAGUUUUUCUCUCCUGGGUGGAAUUCAACCGAAGAACUUGUCAUUUCGCAGGAGGUCAAGAAAAACACCGUCCUCACUCCUCACAAUACCCCUGAAGGCGACCCCAAGAUCUGCUGGAGCAAGGAGAAGGGUCAUCAGGUCUUCUUCAUUAAGAAGAUGUCAGCCAGAGAAUUAGCACAGUCCAAAACCCUUGAGGAGGAGAAACAGAAAGAGCGAGGUAGACGAAAAGUUGCUAGAUUGAACGAGUACCGAUUUCUGGAGCGUGACUCGCUAGCAGAACGAAGAAAUCUCAUUGCUUGGUUCACUUACUUGAAUCCAGAUACGCGGGAGAAAGCAGAUGAGGAUCAGGAAGAUGAGGAUGACUGUGAGGAUAAGUCAGGAGAGGAGCUCGUGAACGAGGACAUUGUCAAGGAAAACGAUCGGUCUCAGCCUGCUGCGAAGAUCAACUGUAAAAUCAUUGCACAUUGGAAGAGAUGGAGACAAGAUGAGGGCAGUAAAUGA